AUGGCCCAUAUUGUUCAUUGGGAAAUCAAAGAGACCUCACUGUUUUGGUUGGAAGACACCAGUGCAACAUGUUUCUGGUAUCGCAACAACAAAACAGCAUGGAUGACAGCAGAGUAUUUUGAGGAAUGGAUCAAACACUAUGACACAUGGUUCAGAGAGAAGAAUCAAAAAGUCUGCUUGUGGCUUGAUAACUUUGCAGGGCACAAUAAUGCUGGUGAAGACGACAUUUAUAAUAUCAAUCUGCUCGAGGUCAUGCUCAUGGCCAAUGAAGCAUGGGUAGCUGUUAGCACUGAGACAAUAAGGAACUGUUGGCACCAUGCUUUUGAGUUAAAAGGGCCACCAACCCCCAGUGCACUGAAGAGCGGAACGAGUGAUGCUGGUGCUUGGAAGAUUGUUAAGGGAUAUGUGGAUGCCACAAUUGCCACAAUGCCAGUUGCUAUAAGAGCAUUGCAAGAGCAUCUGGGCACCCGCUACAAUGAGGCGGACUGGAAGCCCACGUUUGAUGCAAUUUUUCCAGCGGAAGAUGACACGACCACUGCAGUGAUAGCCCUCAAUAAUCUUACAGAAAAAGCGACCACUUAUAUGCAGCCAAUUCCAUGUUCCAUCAUCUCGACUUCACAAUCCAACAAAUGUUCUAUUCCCAAGCUCGAAAUUGCUGAGUCCAAGUUGAUGCAAUCAAUUGAUGAGCUACACCAGCGCAAGAGGAUAUGGGGAACGCGGCUGACAAUUGAAGAGCUUUUGAAUCCAAUUGAGGAGAUGGAAAUAGUAGAGUCACCAUACAGAUUUCUGGGUGGAGACGAGGAGAUUAUUGCAGCAGCUCGAGCUGCAGUGGUGGCAGCAGAGGAUGGAGUAGCUGUAGGUGAGUCGCCCACUGCAACGUCAUCACCAAUCUGGAGUGUGUAA